AAAAGAAAAGAAAAGAAAAGAAAAAGGACACUCUCAUAGCAUCUGAUAUACUUCCAAAAAGGAUGCGAAACCUAAAGUUUCUAAAGCUGAAGGAGAAGGUGGUGAUCAGAGUGCAGCAAGAUAUCCAAAUAAUGUUCGAAGAUGGAGAUGCAAACGGCGAUGGCUUCCCACCAUCCCAGUCCACCUCACUUCCGCGUGCGACAGAAUCGGAUUCGAACAUAGAGUCAAUUCAAGAACCAAGCACCUCACUAUCUCUUUCAUUACCCAGCAGCCCGACCCCCAAGACGCUAUCAACCCCACCCUCGCAGUUCGUACAUUGCGGCUGCAAGCCUUUCGCCGAUAGAAGCCCCAUUCGCAUCUGCCGGCCGUGCUACGACCUAUCAUCUGACGAUGACAGCGCUUUUUCCAACCUCGAAGUCCAACCGGAGCUUGUAACUCCGGGUGUCGUGGCGGUCGUCGCCGUACUACUUUUUCUCGUCGCCGUCGCCCUGGUGGACCUCAGCCACUGGGUUUGGAAUAGACUUCACAAACAGCCGAUCAGUCUGUCGGAGUGUGAGAAGGGCAAUGGCGUCGCAAUUGAGGAUGAUGAAGACCUGGACAAGCUCUACGAGGAUGAUCAGCUUAUUCCUUAAUCCCAUGCGGAUACGGAAUAUGCUUUUGUUCAUUACAUCGCGAUUUUAUAUUGUACCUGCGCACGGCGGGUGGAUUACUAUGCAAGGGCUUGUACGGAGCAUGUAUAUACGAUUAUUUUGAUUAUCUGCAGCGGCGGGCGUCGUACCGGAUUUUGGUGGCAUGGGCGUGAAUGGGACGGGAAAGCAAUUGUUUGCUUUUUUUUUUUUUCCUUUUUUACUGCUGAUUAACUACUCCGUACUGUAGUUAUUAAUUAGGACUGGGCUAUUUUGGGCGGCUUUGGAUGGGAGUGUGAAACUAGGGACUUUGUGUGUUCCCAAAAAUUAAAUAAAAAAAGUUAAAUAAAUUUACACAAAUUACAUAGUCUUAUCCUUCGUCCAAAAA